AUGGAGAACCAGCCCCCGCCGCAGCAGGGCGACCUUAACUGGCGCCUGAGCAGCCACCCCAUCACCCUCCUCUCCUUCCUCGCUUUCCGCAUUGCAAGCCCACUCGUUUACAUUCUGGGAAUGUGGUUCACCAAGAACUUUGUCCUUGUCUUCAUCAUCACCAUCAUCCUCCUUGCCGCCGACUUCUACUACCUGAAGAACAUUGCCGGGCGCCGACUGGUGGGACUGCGGUGGUGGAACGAGGUCGACGAGACCACGGGCGACGGCCGUUGGGUCUUUGAGAGCGCUGACCCCGAGACUCGUCAGAUCAGCGCGACCGACAAGCGCUUUUUCUGGCUGAGUCUGUACGUCCAGCCAGCCUUGUGGAUCGCACUGGCCAUCGUUGCCAUCAUCAAGUUCGAAUUUAUCUGGUUGACUUUGGUUGUUAUCGCCCUCAUUCUCACCAUCACGAACACGCUGGCUUUCUCGCGGUGCGACAAGUUCAGCCAGGCCACCAACUUUGCUGGAAAUGCACUGUACUCGGGUGGGAUUGCAAAGAGCAUUGCGAGUAACAUGGUUAGCCGUCUGUUCCGCUAG